AACUUCUAAAAGUACGAAACAAAAUAAAAAUUAUUUAAUUUGUCAAUAAAAAAUAUAUUUUUUAUCAAAAAAAAAAACUUAAAAUUUCCAAAUUAAACAUCUUAAAAAUAAAGUAAAAUGCCCAAACGUUUAACAACCGAAGAACUCAAUGAACUAAAAAGUUGGCUUCAAGAACUACAAGUGACCUAUAAAAACUUAAAUCGCGACUUUUCCGAUGCUUUACCCGUAGCAAAUUUACUUAAAACAUUCUAUCCCAAACUCAUAGAUCUACACAACUAUCCACCACGUAACAAUACACAACUGAAAUUAAACAAUUGGGAGACUUUCAACUAUAAAGUUUUAACCAAAUUGGGUUUACAGCAGAGUAAAAACAUGCUGGAUAAAUUAUCCAAAGGUGUGGCAGGAGCUAUAGAGGCUUUAUUGUAUGAUCUAAUGCUUAUGAUAAAAACGCAAAAGAGCAAAGGUGAUAAACCAGAUGAACAAGAACAAUUGUGGACCGAAAACGAUGACAUUAUGAUGGUAACCGUUAAUAAGAAAAUCGGUGAUGCUAUUGUUCAAGUGCCUCAGAAAAUGAUUUUGUUUUCAAUUUACGAACAAGUUUUAAGGGAAUCACAGGCCAAGGAUGGUUUUGUUAAUACAGCUCAGCAAAAGAUAACACAUUUGGAGAAUAUAUUGAAAUUAAAAGAUGAAAGAAUAGAGGAGUUGUGUAAUCAAUUGGCCAAAGUAUCGGAAUCCAUAACAGCUUCCUCUUUAUGUAGUUGCAUACCGAAACGUGUUAAACUUAUAAGUGCUACUUCAGGUGAAUCAGAAGAAUCAUUUGGUAAAAUACCCGAACCACCUAAUUUAGUACCGAUUGUUACUAAGGAGAACUAAAGAAGCUAAUUGCAAGUGUAAAGGCAAAAUUAUUAAAAUAUUAAAUUUUCUAUUAAUUAAAAAUUUAUUGUUAAUUUUCAUUUAAAUACAAAAUUAAAAUUAUGUUAUUAAUAUUUUA